UCACCAGCGGCACCCACCAGACAAGUGCCGAGGUGCGCGGGCUGUCACGAAUACAGUCUUGUGUAGACAGUACGUUGCUGUGUACAGCGAGCUGCACCUUGUUUGAUUAGUGCAACUCAUAAUGUCUUGGCGGCAGCACAAGGAAUACGAGCCACCUUCGGACAACUGGCGUGAAAGAGGCGGUGCGAGGCGAGCUGCUGAUUGUAAUGAACAACGGGAAGCUGAGCGGCCUUUACUACUGCCUAAGUUGAUUGACGGGAAGCACUUGAUGGUUCGCUCCACCAGUUUGUUUAAAGGGGGACCUUGUACCCUGGAGGUUCCUGAAGUGUUGGGCUCCUACUCUGUGGAUAGCGAGAAGAAAGUCCGCUUUGAUGACUCUGCGAUGUCUGUGCUAAGUGAAAAGUAUAUUCUCCAAGAAAAUGAACACAUGCAGGUGAGGCUGGACCUAAACAGGGGCAAGCACCAGUAUAGGGAAUUUACAACAACAACAACCGACAUUUUCAGACAAUUCCUGCAAUGGAUUCUUAAGAACCAGAAGGAACUCACAGCUGAAAGCUCUCCCAACAAACUGAUGGCUGACUUCGUAGUUGCAAGAACAAUACUGAAGAGGAUCAUGGAGGCCCCAUAUGUUAGCUCCAUGAAUUUUGGAAUUAUGCUAUUUGCACAAUAUUUCAAGGGAUCCAUAUACAUUGAUUUCCCUGUGCAUGGGGAUGAUGAUGAGGAGGAGGAGGAUGGGGAGGAAGAAGGUGAAGUGAUAGAAGUGGAUCCCAUCUUGGGAGUGUAUGGUCACAAGUUUGAGCAGUACAUGACAGGAGGAGAUCCUAAUGAAGUUGUGCAUUGCAAUAGUGAGUUCCGCUGCGUGCUAAAACAACACCUAAGUGAGCUGACGCUACUGUAUCACACUUCCACCGAUGCAGUAGACCAAACCUGCCACCAAGACGACUUCAAAGAUAUGAGCAGCUUUGUGUCACUGAAGGCCUGCAUUGAACGUACCAUACCACAUAAGCAAAGGAACUUCAGAAAAUACAGUCUCUGUGGAUGGUGGUGUGAAAGCCAGCUGUCUGGCAUCCCCAGGGUGCUAAAAGGCACAAGGAGCUAUGAUGGAAUAGUGCACACAUUGGAGAUGCUGCAGACAGCUGACUUACCAGACCUGGCAGAGGGCAGCUGGCGGGCAGGCCGCGAUGCAUGGCGAGGUGAACCCGGAUGGGAAGCUGAACGACCUGAGACCGAAUUGGUCGAUGGAAAUCACUUGAUGGUUCGCUCCACCGAUUUGUACCAAGGGGGCCCUCGCACCCUUGAGAUCCCCCAUGUGCUGGGCUCCUACUCUGUAGAUAAAGAACUGAAAGUUAAGUUUGACGACUCCUUGAUGUCUGUGCUAAGUAAAGAGUACAUUCCCCGACGCAACAGAUGCUUGCAGGUGGAAUUGGACCUCAACAGAGGCUGGCACCGGGUUAAUGGUUUUACAGGGACAUCAGCAGAGUCUUACAGGCAAUUCCUGCAAUGGAUUCUUAAGAACCAGAAGAAACUGAAAGCUGAAGGCUCUUCCGACAAGUUGGUGGCUGACUUUGUGUGUUCAAGAGGAAUACUGAAAAAUAUCAUGCAAGCCCCAUAUGCACGUUUUGAGCGUAUGAACUUGACAGUACUUGCCCAGUAUUUCAAGGGCUCAGUAUACGUGGCAUACCAGUACGAGGUAGAGGAAGAGGAGAAGGGCAAGGAAAAAUGUUGCCUCAUUGAAAUCUAUGGCCACAAGUUUGAGCAAUACAUGACAGGAGGAGAUCCUGAUCAAGUUGUGGAAUGCAAUUGCCAGUUCCGUUGUGUAGUUAAACAACACCUGAAUGAGAUCACCCUCAUGUACUCUGCCAACACACAUGCAAUCGACCAGUCCCUGCCACCAAGAGAACUUCACGGACAUGAGCAGCUUUGUGUCGCUGAGGGCUCUCAAAGAAUUCACUGAGCCAUUUAAGCAAAGGAACUACAGAAAAUACACUCUCUGCGCAUGGUGGUGUGAAGGCCAGCUGUCUGGCAUCCCCCAGGGUGCUGAAAGGCACAAGGACCAAUGAUGGGAUAGUGCACACACUGGAGAUGCUACAGACAGCUGACUUACCAGACCUGGCAGAGGGAGCGUGGGAACCAUCAGUCUGCAUCAACUUCUUGGACAAAUUCCUCAAAUUUGUCAAGGAAAAGGUGCUGUCUGAGCCGGACAGAGUCCACUGUUUUGAGAGGUCAACUUCUGUUGGACACUACUUUUUUCACUACCAUGAUACGAGUGGGACAACCAUCCUUCCCAAGUGGUAUACCCAGCUACUCUUUUCCCCUGAAGAGGAAAACAGUGAUUGAGGUUGUCAUGGAUGGUCCAAGGAGUAUGUGAAAUUUUGGGGAGGAUGUUAAGGAUGAUUUCAAACAACUCAGUAGUUUUCAUUGGCUCAGGAACAAAAUGAACAAUGCAGAAUGUGGCAUACUGUGUGAUUGUAUUGUACAAAAAGACCUGUUAUCCCACCACAGCUCUAUGCUCAUCCUCUAGCAGGGCAUUAUAUUAUCUAGUAAGUAUGCUUUGCUUUACACAUUCUCUCCAUUUUUUUUUUCUAAGUUGCUGAGAAGUCAUGUGCUAACAGAAAGUGCUCUAAACUUAAAGGGGAUUUUACAGGAAUCUGCAAAAAAUGAUAUUCUUAAUAGAAAAGUUCUUAAAACAGAUCAUAAAAACUGAUCAAUGUGGUGGGAGCAAAAGCUGCUGAAGGAUAAGUUAUCUGACCACUAUCCAAUGCUAAUGAACAGUGACAAAAUGGAUGUUAGGAGAGAGAAAGAAGCCUAAGGUGGUUUUUUGAGGCCUUUAGAAAGAUAGUAUUAGCUGUGACAGAGGAGGAAGCAGUUGGGUGAAAAAGGUGAAAUUUGUGAAGAAAGGAUACAUGAUGGAUGGAAGAGAUUAAAAAAGCAGUGAUGGGAAAGAAAGGGCUACACAUGGAAUACAGUCAAGAUAUCUACCAAAAUAAAUGAAAAAUAUACCUAUUUUUAUUUACCUUUUGGAAGGUAAAAAAAACAUGAAAAAUGACGAAAGGUAAAAGAUGAGUAGAAGAGUAUUACAGAUGACUGAGUGAAGAGUUAAUAACCAAAAUGUUAAUGUACAGAGGAAAACUUUUUAAAUGGAUACAUAAUAUAUGUAGACAAAGGUCUUCAUUGUUCUAGUAUAUACAAGGUAAAGGGGAGUAAAAAUUAAUGCAAAAAUUACAUAAAAGCACAGGUCUCUUCAAUAAGGUGGUAAGGUCAGUAGCAAGAAUUGUGACAAAUGAGUGCAAAGACCAUAAAGAGUAAGAUUAGUAGAGAACAAGGAAGAUUCAGAGAAGCCAAGGAAUUCUCUCUCAGGAUGGUUGUUGAAAAUGUUUGCAAAGAGGAAAAUUUAUGCUGCAUUUAUCAACCUUGAGAAAGCACAUGACCAUAUUGAUUGGAUGACAUUGUGGGACACAUUAAAGAGAAGAUAUCAUGAGUCUUGUUUCCUUCCUCCCUUUACGUGCAUGUGAAAAAAAAAGUCAUAAAACAGCAGCCAACAGAUCACCAAAGUUAGUAAAACCAAUCAUUCAAUUUGACAAUAUAUUUCUUCAAAACAGUUGCAGGAAAUUAAUCUCUCAUUCAAAUUAAUUAUAACCUCUAUUUCCUGCUGAGCAGGAUGGCUGUGACAAGAAUCCAAGGCAGCAGCAGACCAUUUCAGAGAAAAUAAAAUAGUGUGAUAUGAUCACAAAAACCCUACCAGAUGUGUCUUCCACGGUGAAGUACACAGCAACACCUGAUCCUUGGUGAGCAGCUGCACAGGAGUGACGGUACCUUGGACCUAAUUUCCCAACAUUUUGGCUGUGCAUUUUCAGGCCCACCAUGUGAAGGGUUUCAAGGGAGUUUAUUCUAACCUUUCACUGCUUGCAAGAUGUGUGUAGCUCUCAUCCCUCCCAAAGGGGAGUAUUAUGACACUAUUAAAUCUCCAGUAUUCUCAAAAACAGCCAUACCAUUUUGACAACAUUGAUUAAUCCAACAGUCAAUGAAGUUUUGCACAACACGUCAAUCCUUGUUCAUUCAAUUCAAGCCACCUCAAGGAAGCAUAUCCAUAGCAUUCACACAUUGUCUCAGUUAGAAGAGAUGACUGAAGACAAAAAUAACUGCAUAUAGAGGACAGCAACUGAAAUGGGGCAAGCCUAAACAGAUUUGCUUUCAAAGAAGUAAAUGUUUGCCUACACUGCCAAAGUGCAACAAAUUUUUUUGUGCUACCACUAAUACUACUUCCCACCCUGCAAUAUGUUGGCUGGUGAUAAAAUCAUGGAUAGCUUACUUAUGGCCUUAAGUGUUUUAUUGCUAUCAAUAAGAUUCAUGUUAAAAUACGAGCACUUGCAAACUCAAAUACCUUUAGCACCACCAAAAACAUUAUGUUAACAUCACUCAAGUAAAAUAAACUGAGAUCAUUUUAUACUUGUUCCUUCUGUGGGUGUCUCUCCCGAAGGAUAUACUGCACUACUGUAUGAACUCAUUUUUACCUAUAUGCAAAUCACAUACCUGCCUUACAGUACAAGUUCUGGCUCAGAAACAACAUUUUUAGUUGGACAUGCCAUAUGCUUCCUUUUAAAUGACUCUGGGGUCAAUCUAGGCAAAUAACUGUGUUUGCUCACUUGCAAGCAUAAUUACCUUUUAUUAGGAGGCAAGUAAGGCACUGGUACUGGGAAGUAGAGAUGAAGAAAACAAAGAACAAGUUUUCUAGCAGGCCCAGAGAUGUGCACAUGGCACAUGUAAAAUGAGUCAAAACAGUAGUAUCUCAGAUGUUAUGGUAUAAUAUAAUCCAUCUCACUUCAUUAUGGAAAAUUAACAGACAAAUAAGAUACCUUAAACAUGUACAAAAUGAGCACUCUGUUCAAAAGAUUUUGGAAUAAUUAUGGGCACAAAAUUAUAAUGGAGACUAAAAAUAGGUUGAUGAAUGACCAGGUACAGAGCUGAUGACCAAUUACAAUUAAAUCAUGAGAAUGCAUGUUGUCAUAUUCAGAGAGAGAGAGAGAGAGAGAGAGAGAGAGAGAGAGAGAGAGAGAGAGAGAGAGAGAGAGAGAGAGAGAGAGAGAGAGAGAGAGAGAGAGAGAGAGAGAGAGAGAGAGAGAUUUUAAUAAAAAUAAAA